CCUCCCCAGCGCACACAGCAACGCGGCGGCAGCAUUAACCAGAGAGCUCCAUCCAGAGGGCGGCGGUGGCCCGGCUAGCAUGAACAACUGGACUAAGAUAGCCACCGCACCGCCUAAUAUUUUAUAUAGAUGGCAACCAUUCAUGAGCUAAACUCCUAACCAGCUGCAGAAGGCCGUUUUUUCCCCCACUGGACCCCCAGAGUUGCCUCCUGCGGUGGUCUCGACUCACUCCAGUUUAUUUCGUCGAAGAUGUCUGCUUUCUCCGAGGCGGCUUUAGAGAAAAAACUAUCCGAGCUUAGCAACUCUCAGCAAAGUGUGCAAACGCUGUCGCUGUGGCUCAUCCACCACAGGAAGCACUCGAAGACUAUCGUGACAGUGUGGUUCAACGAGCUGAGGAAAGCUCAGGUAUCUCGCAAGCUGACCUUCCUCUACUUGGCCAACGACGUCAUUCAGAACAGCAAGAGAAAAGGACCCGAGUUCACCCAGGACUUCGCACCGGUCAUCGUUGACGCCUUCAAACAUGUAAACAGAGAGGGCGAGGACGGCUGCAAGAAGCAGCUGGGUCGGGUUUUAUCCAUCUGGCAGGAGAGAGCCGUGUAUGAGGCUAACCUGCUGGAGCAGCUCUCCCAGGUCCUCUAUGGAGAGAAGAAGCCCAAGAAAAGAUCCUACGAGGAGAUCCACCCUGAUGACGAAGGCUUCGCCUCCCGUAGCUCCCCGGCUGAUCCUCCACAGACGGCGGAUUUGAUUCGAGCCCUGCAGGAGCUCGAGAACGCAGCCUCCAGCGAUUCGGUGCUGCGUCAUCGCAUCUCCUCCCUUCCCGAAGAGGUCCAGGACACGUCGCUGCUUCACAGGAUCACAGACAAAGAAUCGGGCGAGCGGCUCUCCCGGAUGGUCGAGGAAGCCUGCAUGCUUUUAGCCGACUACAGCGGACGCUUGGCCGCAGAGAUCGACGACAGGAGGCAGCUCACGCGCACGCUAACGGUCUUCCUGCAGAGCCAGAAGGACGGCUUGGCCCAGAACGAGCAGAAACUUGAAGAAUACAAGAAGAAACUGUCGAGGGUGUCGCAGGUCCGGAAAGAGCUGCGAUUGCGCCUCAGUAACCUCGCAGACGGACACCGCAACUCUUCCAAAUGACUGCCGACUCGCCCCCUCAACGCACCUUCGCAUCACCGAAGCGGCAUCAGUUCUCACCCGUCUCCACUGGACUGUUCAUCCGUAGCUCUUGUGCCCAAGUGUCUGCAUCUCCAAGCUCAUCUUUUUAACUUGAAGACGACUGUGCGGUUGUACGACAGGACUUUCACGCGUUGGCCCCCCUAAGCAGUCUAACUUUUACAGCUUUACAGUGAUGUGACUGGUGGGAUUCUUUUGUAACUUAAGGUUAUGCACCAGGCUGAUGACCCUUGAGUUCCGGUGUUGGAAUAAUUGUUUUGUAAUAUGCCGUUUCAUUGUUUGGACACAUGCAUUUGUGUAGCUUUUUUGUUGGAGAUCACAGUGGCAGUCACUCAAGCUGGAAUCACUGAUUUUAUUAAGCGUACUGAUGAAACAUGUAUAUUUUGAGAUUUUUCAGAGAACAUUAUAAAUCCAGGUUCCAUAACCGAAGCCAUAUGUGUUCACGCGUUUCGUAAAGCCUGUCUGUGAAAGGACCGUCUGAAGACGUUGCUCGGUGUAUGCACAUCCGCUUGUAAAUAUGGUGGAAAUCAUAGGUGUUUAUGAUUUGUUUUUCAUCAUCUACAUCCAGACACAAGUAGCUUGUUUUUUUUUUGUUUUUUUUAACCUGUUGUGACCUUACACAUUGAGUAAAAAGGUGUAUUGUCUUGUUUACUGUGAUUCUUUAUAGUUUCAAAUCAAAUCCAUCAUACAGCCUGAAAAGUGCCCCGGUUUCUAAAGCUAGACUAAAACACACAGCUUUUGUUUUUGUCACUUUCAAGCAAAUGCUUCAUAGAGCAGAAUAAACCAAAAAGAUGUACAACA